AGAUCAAGUUGUUUUCCCCGUACAGGAAUAAGUUCGUCUUGAGGAAAAUUUCGCAGAUUAACAGACUGACUAAAACAGUCGGACACCUUACCUGUCCUACCAGGAGACAAGUGAUUCUUGGGUAAUCUGCGUCGAAAAAGUAGAUACGUUUUGUGUAGUCUUCGAUCGGAACCAAAACCAAUUUUCCUCACGCCAUUUGACAUGUUUAGCACACUUUAAGUACAAAAACUCCGAGCGCGCCUCGUUGACAUACUGCAGCCUACUUAUAAGUAAAGCUUAGUUCUUCGGACGAGUUUCCAAAUCACCUAAGACAAAAGUCCUCGACCGCGAGCCACAAGGAGAUGCUUGAGUCCUCUGUUUCGGGUCGCGGGCCGUCCUCCUCCGCCCGCAGUAUGCUGCUACUGCCGUCGCUUGCAAUUCAAGUUGUAGCGUUGGCAUUUUUCAUCUUUCACGAUACAGCCCUCUCCGGCGUCAAGGGCGUUCGCGUACGUAGUUCCGCCUCCCAUUCCCGCCCUGCCUCUUCGUCUGCCGGCGCCCAGACGCACGGCCCGGGGGACUCGCGCGUUCAUCGAGAUGUUGAAGUGGCAAAAAGGCUCGGACAUGACCUCGCUUUGUGCUUCAGCACCGUUCAGACGCCGGGACCGGAGAAACAGGAGACAAAGCGGACGAGUCGUGCUUUGGAAAAAUUCAAUCGAAUGACGUUUCAAAGCGGCGAAGUCGAAGACAAAGCGGAGACAAUGCGGGGCGAGCUUCUGGAAAAACUCACGAGGGAACGUCGCGUCGGAUGGGCCUCCGCAAAGAAGUUGAAGGGCUUGCGUGAUAACCUGCGAGACAUGGGCGAAAUCAUUGGCAAGGCCAACGCCAAGGACACAGGUCGCGGCGCACCUCCACCUCCUCGGAAAGAAAAGCUCCGGUUUUUGAAGGUGUUUUCGGAGCUUGUGGCGACUGCUUUGGAUGCGUCCGAACUUCGCCUCGCCGCACCGGAGGAAUUUGACAGCAUAGUGGACGGCGUCAUGCUUGCGUGGAUCGACGCAGCGGCCGGCGAGGUGGCCUGCCGGACCGCCGAGGGGUCGCCCGAGCUCUCUUCGCAUUGGGAGCGCCCGCCGUACGUCUUCAUUCAAUCGGCCACGGAAACGGCGGUCGAGUACACUCUCAAUGCCCGCCUACAGCAGUUUGCGAGACGCGCGCGGAAGCGAGGAGUUCCGGCGACUUUUCUAGAAGAUUUGCGAAAGUCCGAUCUCGUGCGGGGCGUUCUCGUGCGAGCCAACGGAAAUGGUGGUGAGCCAGAGGUGAAUUACAUGGGCCACAACUUCGGGGAGCGAGUGGAAAGUAUGCCGACCGCUUUACGUGGAGUGAUUGACGGGAGCGCGCUGCCGCCUUUUCUGGUUACCCGCUACCCUCCGCUCGAUGAUCCGUCAGUCCAGCCUAGAAGACUGAAAAUACACGCAUUGAUUCGCUACGAGCCUGCUUUCUUUCGGUUCUUGUAUCAUCCGAAAGUGCUGACCCUCGUCAGCGAAAUGCCACCACGAGAACGGAUCGCAGACACUUUCGUUUAUGGCGUUUCAAACGUUACAUUCUCAACUGUUACAUGAAUUUGUCAUGCAAAAUUGCCAUAAGCCGCCACACGAUCAAGGUGCUUCACAUGACAAAUUCUCGAAGGGCUAAACAGCAGGGGAAUCCGUUCCAAAUUUGUAAUGCAAAACGCGCAAUCUUCCCGCUUUGGCUUUUACUUUUGCUGUUCUUGCGCCACAAAUUAAUGUAACAGUUGAGACUGUAACAGUUGAGAGUCCCAUAGCGUUAGCGGCCUCGAGGGCGAAUAUCUCGCAGUCGAACUGUUCGGGAGACAGUGAGGCCGUGAUGAGGUCGGCACGGCGAUGGGCGUUCCCGAGUACUAGGAAGACCCGAGUUAUAACGUUUUCUUCCUUUUUUCGUAUUGAUUGAAGGAAAAUACUGUACGAUCAGACGUUUCCAAAAAUUUUGACGAAAAAGACCGAUCGCGCAAAGCUUCUUGGCAACUUUUCGGCAGGGCGCUUUAUUUAUCAGGAACGUAGUAUUAGCAGGGUCUCGUGCGUCUAUUGUUUUGAUUCGGUUUCGCCUUAUUCUAAUAAUUGACCAUUUUGAAUUUGAUGCACAUUCAGAAAACUGGGCCAGGAAAGUGUUCCCAGCCGGUUUCUUUUAUGUGUAAAUACUACCUGUGAAGAAGGCAACACGACUAUACGCUACUCAUGUAUGAUGAGAAUGUAAAUUUUUCGAGUUAGGUCGAGGUAAAACGUCGCUCGCAAUUAUUUUGGUCCAAGGCUCCCCAGUUUAUCGACUUACGGUAAGGCAAGGUACAAGUUUGCUCGUUGUUAUUUUAUGGUUGGUCCAAUGUAGUUCUCCAGUUUAACAGCUUUUUUUGGUAGGUUUGGUAGUUGUAAGUGACACCAAAAAAUCUGAAGAGGUUUAGGUAAGGUCUCCCAGGUUUGCCUCCGGUUCUGUUGUCUGCUGAAAAAAGAAGAAGUUUUGAACAAACAAGCAGGCUCUACCAUUUUAGGCCGUAAAAUUUACGGCCGUUGCUGGCGUUGCGAGUGCGUGACUUCAGUUUCGAGUCUGCGUCGCGGGGCAGAUAGACGAUCUCGCGCACGCAAUACCACAAAGACAAAAAAAAAGGCGUAGCUGUUGUAACAAGAAAGCAAAAACUACACGAAAGAAAUCUAUCGCAAGACGAAAACAGGUUUGCGUACAAUCUUGGAAAAAAGUUUUCAAACGUAAACCACUGGAAACAAACGUGGAUGUGAUACAU